AGAUAAGCAGCUUGGAUGAAAAAGAUAUCCUUGUUCUGCGUCUUGACUUGACUGAUAGAAGCUCUCAUGAAGCUGCCACCAACAGUGUCCUUAAGCAUUUUGGCAAGAUUGAUGUUUUGGUCAACAACGGUGGACGUUCCCAGCGCUCCUUGUUUGUGGAUACAAACCUGGAUGUCUACAGUGCCAUAAUAGAGCUCAACUACCUGGGUACAAUCUCUUUAACAAAACAUGUCCUGAAUCACAUGAUCCAAAGGAAAAAAGGAAAGAUAGUUACUGUGAGCAGUGUGAUGGGUAUCAUGGGAGCUCCCCUUGCCUCUGGGUACUGUGCCAGCAAGCAUGCUCUGCAGGGCUUUUUUAAUUCUCUUCGGACUGAGCUGACUGACUACCCCGAUAUCAGUAUUAUCAACAUAUGCCCAGGGCCUGUACAGUCCAAGAUUAUACAAAAUGUCUUUACGGAGAAUCUUGCAAAGUCCAUAGAGAACAGCGGUGAUCAGUCCCACAAGAUGCCAACCGACCGCUGCGUCCGGCUCACCCUGGUGAGCACAGCCAAUGACCUGAAGGAGGCUUGGAUCAGCGACCACCCCUACCUGGCCGUUUGCUACCUCUGGCAGUACGCGCCCACAUGGGCAUGGUGGCUGAUGAACAGGAUGGGCAAGAGGAGGAUACAGAACUUUAAGAGUGGAAUGGAUGCUGAUGCCUCUUAUUCAAGAAAGAAGAAGUAAGGAGAAGCGUGUACAAAACCCUGUUGCUCUUGUGCUAAGGUGGAGAAACUGUUUUCAUAUUGUGUGGCUGCAAGCAGCAGCUCUUUUUUUUUAUCUGUUGUAUCUUUGUCAUCAUGUAAC